AUGUGGUGGAAAAAACAUAAGUCUUGUCAAGAACUUUAUGCUGAAGAGGAUAAAGAAAUUUGUGGUGUUUGGAUUGUUUGUGGCGUUUAUAUUGUUGCUUACACUGUAUCUGUUGCAACGAUAUUCUGUAAAGUCGCCAAAAAUCUUACCAAAGAUAUGACUGUUGGUAUCAACACAUUGAAAGGAACACUUUCCAUUGCUCCUAUGCUGUUAAUUCUCAUGUUACAGUUGACCAUUUCUCCAAUAUAUCGUAAAGAUAUUUUAUCACUGUCUAUAUUUUCUGCAUUGAAUAUUUUUGAUGGCAUCGAAAUGUUGGAAGUCAUUUUGAUGCACCAUGAAGGACUAUUUCAUUUAAAUUCAUUUGAAAGGGCCAUCAUUACGUUCGCUUGUAUGUCGUUUUUAAUUUCUUCUCUUGCUCUAUUUCGAAAUAAGUUUAAGACGGAUGGAACCGUCAAGAAAAGAGAAAGGACAUCAAUUAUUAUUGGUUUUAUCGAGAUGAUUGGCAUCAAUUUAUCUUUUCUCAUUUUACGUUCCAUUGUUUGGCAUGAUUAUAAGUACGAAGCUUCAGUGUUUAUAGCUAAGAAUGUCAUAUCUUUAGUUGUUGGCGUUGUGGAGUUUUGUCUUCUGAAAAAGUGGAUAGAAUGGGGUGUUGAGGAUGGUUUUGCUGAAAAUAUUGACGGUUUUACUGAAAACAUUGAGGAUGGUUUUUUUGAAAACAUGAAGGAUUGACAUUACAGCUUCAUAUCUAGAGUAGUUGAACAUAAUAAAUUUCGUGUACCUUUACAAAAGUGUAUAUCUAGGAAAGUUUUUUUGACAGUAAAACAUCACCAGGGAAACAUACAAGAAUCAAUGAAAUCUACGUCACUAUGCACCAUGGUACGUUGGAUGAUUUUUAUCAUCCAGUAUGUAAUGUAUCAGGACUAAAAAAUGCAAUCUUA